GCCUCUUUUUCGCUUUGUAGCCUCACAAAAUGUGAGCGGGAAAAUGGCGGAAAAUACAGAAACAGCUCUACAGUUAUUUUCAAGAUUGGAUGCAAAACAAUCUUUGGAUGGGCUUGAUAAAAUUUUUUUCAAAGGUUUAAAAAAGGAGCUACAAUCAGGAGACUCAGUUGAAUUCUAUGGUGAAGAAGGUUGUGGAAAAACAGAAGUACUCAUUCACUUUUGUAUCAACUGCAUCUUGCCAAAAAAAUGGAAUUCUCUAGAUUUAUUUGGCAAAGAAGCAAAGGUUGUAUUUAUUGAUACUGCUUACAAAUUUCCAUUGUGGCGGCUCAUGGGUGUGCUGGAAAAACGGGUUAGAUAUGAAGCUUCUAAUAAAUCUAUAUUUAUCAGCACAGCAGAUAUGAAUGAAAUAAUGAGAACUUGUCUGCAAAGACUGUUUUUAGUCCGCUGCUCCUCAAGUUUGAACCUCAUCAAAACUUUAUCACACCUUGAAAAAUUAUUUCAUGAAAAUGCAGACAUAUGUUUAUUGGUGGUGGAUACCAUUUCAGAGUUUUAUUGGAUGGACAGGACAAUUAAUGGUACUACCAGGUACCAACAAGAAGGACUCCAGCGAAGUAUAAUAAGCAAAAUUAAGAAGCUUCAAGAAGAAUUUCACUUGCUUGUUUUUGUAGCCAAAUCUGCUAUAAUGAGCCAAACAGUGUCCAGCAGUAAAACACAUAAAGAUUCUUGGGAUCCUGCUGACUACCUCAGUCCUGAAUGGAACAAAUUUCUCACUUAUAAAUUCGUUUUAGAGAAAGGACUCACAGAUUUGUGUGAUAAAAACUCAAGCUUUUUUAUUGCAUCUUUAACUAAUAAACCCAAUCCAUACAGCUGCAAGUUUAUUGUUACAGAUUCUGGUAUUCAAUUUGUUUAAGAGCAAUCUUGUGAUUUUUUUGGAACUGUCUUUUCCAUGGAAUCAAAAAACAUUUGUUUGAUUUUAAACUCUGUCCUCAAACUCUUUUCCCAUGAUUUCAGAAUUUUUGGAAUGAGUUUUUUCUGUAUUUGAUGCAAAUAUAAGUUAUUUACAAAUAAUAGUCAAGAACAAAGCAACAAAACAGCGUGAAGCUGAGUGACUCUAAUGAAGCCCCAUAUGCCAGGACAAAAUUAGUAUUUAUUAAAAUUAAAUUUAUUUUAAAAUUAUAUUUCAUUACAUUAGAUUCUUGUCAUUUCGUUGCUUUGUUCCUGGCUAUUAUUUGUAUUUCUACUUAUCGCAAGAUUUACAGAAUCUGGUGGACAGCAUAUCCUGUGUUUCUUUCUUAUUACACACAAGUUUUUUUGCUUUUAUAUACCCAUCCAUAAUAUUCUCAAUACACUCCCAGUUUUUGAAACUUCAUUUAUUUUGAAACAAACUGCUGUGAAUCAACUUUUGCAGAAGCUAACCAAUCAAAAAGUGUUAUAUAGUUGAAACCAAAAGCAACCAGCUCCCCUUAUUUCUCUGAAGAAAAUUAUGAGAAAAAUGUAUUAUAUAGGAGAGGUGUAAAAAGAGACUUUCUGUGAACAAUUUUUUUCAAUCAAAAUUGAUCUUCUAAAGAAUUCCAACAAGAUACUGAUAUUAAUUGUUCAAUCAAAUAUAAUUAUAUCUACUGUCUUUGUAAUAUAUAGUCCAAUGUUUGAUCAUUUUAUCAAAUAAUUUAUCAAUUUCCUGUUACUAGUUUAUCAUAUAUGUAUAAACAAAGCAAUUUACAACUUUUAAAAUGGGUAUAAGGAAUUGGUAAGACCACAGUACAGCAAGUGUGGAAGUGUGUAUAAAGUGAAGAUAUUGUCUUUAGUAAGAAGUUAUUUUCAGAAAGCUUUGGGAUUGUAAAACAUAUGGUAACUGGGCCAGGGGUACUACCAGCAGGUUAGCCUAAAAUU